GGGCGAGAGGCAGGGUAAACCCUGGACAGGUCGCCAGUCUGUCGCAGGGCAAGAAUAUUUACUUAAUAUACUCAAUAUGAAAACAUUUUUAAAAUAUAGCCUUAAUGAAAAGUAUGCUUAAUACCUACUUAAAGUUUGUCAAUUUUCAGAAUGUACUUUUAAUCAAACAAAUUAGCCUCAUUGGAAUGCAUAUUUUAAUUUAUUGAAUAUGACUGCAUGUUGUGCAUUGUGCCCAUUUAGUGAUUUAGUUCGCCUUUUGUGGACACAGUCACACACCAUUUUAUGUUGUUUUUCUAUCCAAGUCCUGAAUUCAAAAUAGAUCAACUUUGGAUUGAUUUAUAACAGUUUAUGGGUCCAUAACUGUCUAAAUGUCAAAUGACUUGCAUAAAAAUGAUCAAAAAAGCCUUGUUCACUAAACCAGGUCUAUUUGGGUGAAAAUCAAUAAUUUAUCAGUCUUCAACAGUCUGUUGAGCAGAGGAAGGGUACAAACAGCCAUCACAAGGUCACAGAGAGACACAGGAAGAGCUAUUCACUCUCAGCUAUAGCCAAUUUAAAGUAGUGUAUUAUUUUACUGAUCCUCAAAGUAUUUCUGCAAAAAUCACAUUAAAUUAUUUGAGAAUACAGUUCACAUGCACCAAAUGCACAAUGUUUUAGGCAACUUUAGUUUCUUUUUUUUUUUUUUUUUUUUUACAAACUUUGACUUGUGUAAUGAGGAAGCUGGAACUGAACUCACAAGUGUCUCAAUUGUCCAAUGACUGAUCCAGGUCCACAGCUACCAGGUUUUGGACUUACCUGAGAAUUUUAUUGGACUUUUGAGCAGCUGACUUACAUGCUGUUCUUACAGUGUCCAAUAAACCUGAUUACCCUGAUGUUGUUUUCACACCAAAUCUGUUUGGACUGCUUUAAAAACAUGAUUUUAAUCAGAUAGUCCACUUUGUUGGGGCAGGUGUGAAAGCUCAGCUGAACUAUGGGUCAAGCCAAACAAGUGAAGUCCUGUCCAGAGGAAAACAUUGGUGUCAGCUUGUUUGCAAGAAAACCUUGGUGCAGUUUGUUUACUGAGUGAAUGCAAACUGACUAUUCAACAAACUGAUGUCUUGGCUAGUUGUGGAAGUGGCCUAAACAACAGGUAGCCUGACACAUCAAUUUCCCCACUGUGGAAAAAUAAAGGAUUUUUCUAUUCUAUUCUGCUAAAAACUUCACUCAGAUUGAGUAAUGAAAACUUAACCAUCUUGAUUAUGUUAAAUAAGACUUGGUGCCAAACACUUGAAAAUGGAUAACAAAGUUCAGACUAAAAAUAAUGCAUUGUAUAAAAUAUUUUAUGUCUUUAUGGCUUUGAUCAAAAGAUAAAUGUUAAAAAUGACUAGCACUAGCUUGUGUUAGCUACUUAGGUAAAAAGCUAAUGCUAGCUUGAGUGACCACACUUGUUCUCUGGUGCAAACUAAACCUAACCCACUGAUAUUAACAUUAGUAUACAGCAUAAUUUUACCAUCCAUUUCUUAUUUCCUCCUGUGGAAGAGGUCCAACAUAGUCAGGGUUUCUAUGAAAAGCCCCUUCUAGCCUCUUUCACAUUUUGUGAUCUAAUGUUUUAUUAAAACACUCCCUAUUGGGGAUCGAGAAAUAACUCAGCAGUUUUUACUGUGUAGGCGACUUCAACCCUCACAGAAUCAUGCAGCCUCCAUUUAGGGAGAGGAUAGCCUGAAAUAAAACAGAAGAAAACAACUCUGGUUAUCACAAGAAAUUGCUGAGCACACAGUCAUCUGUGGAGAAGUGCUUUGCACAUCCUCAGAUGAAGACAUUUACGUCACAUGUUUGUAACUGUUUCCGUAGCAGGAAAAACCUUUGGUUUCUCGUAGAUAUAUGCGAUAUAAAACAAUCCUGUCAAACUCUGACCAGUAAGAUGACCAGUGACUAUAGAGCCUCACUUUAAGGAAGAGGUUGGAUAUCAUCUCUCAGAUGCAUGGCCUGCUGUUACACACUGAAAAAGAAACAAUCUUAGCAGAUUAAACAAAGUUGUUUAGAUGACAAGGUAUAGCCUUAAUAUCCUUAAUAUACUGUAUAUAACCAUUGAUAUUAUCAGCCGGUAAGGCCUAAUUGAAUCUUAAUAUUUAGUCCUCACUUUGCUGCUUUGUUAGCAUUUAUUACCGGAAACACAAAAUAAAAAAACUGGUCAUAUACAUGUUGCUGUUGAAUUACUUUGUCUGCUCUCGUCUAAAAACAUCGGAGAUGAAAAUGUGAGACCUUCAUUAUUCAAAAGGCACAACAUUCAGAGACACGGCGUUAAUGAGAGUUUAUAAAAGCUUCACAGCCACUUUCAUUUAAACUUUAAUGCAUCAUAUUAUUAGUAAAUGCUAAUAGCAUUAGUGAGAUUUAAAAUUCAAUUUGCUCCCAUUUUUUUUUGCCAAGACAAAAUUUUUGUUUACAUGGAGCUUGAAUAGAGUGAAGUUUUUCACUCUGUUGAAGCAACUUGUAGUCUGCUUCAUAAUAGGGCUGGAUUUAUUACCACACAUUAAAUAACAAGAUUUUCGAUUAACUGAACAAAUUGGCAACAAAGCUUUAAUGAAUCUUUCUUUGCAUUAGCAAAUCCAACUCGCUAAAAGUGAUGUUUACCUAAUAUAUUCUUCUUUUCACAGCGCUUGUGUGUGCACACUCACAAGGCUACCAGCACCCAGACAAGUUCUGGUUCCUUUUCUGUUGUGCAAAAACUCGAAGCACUUCUUCGAGUUUUUGCUUCUCAUCAAUCAGCACACAAGCUCAUAUUCCAACCAUCACUUAGCACUUUUUUCUUGAUAGAUCAUCUUGUUUCAGACACAAAAACAUGCAAAAAAUCUCCAAAAGCCUUCUCUGAUCAUAAAACAAACAAACAAGAAAAUACAGGUUAUGGUUUGCAGAAAUUAAUUUUUGCCACUGACUUACACUAUGGCUUAUUUUCUCUUACAAACACACACACACAUGCACACCCCGUCUUAGAUGCACACAGGAAACACCUGUCCUGUGAGAGCUCAGUACCACAGAAACUGAGUGACACAGUAACAUCGCAAUGUGCAGUUUCUCUGCGGAAUCGGAGCACAUUGUCAGUAACAUUUGCCCGUAUUUUGUAAUGUUGCAGAUUUAUCUGCUUUUAUUCUUGUAAAUAAACUGAUUUCAGGUAAAAAAAAAGAAGUGCUGAUGCUACAGUGGUAACAUAUUAAUUACAGAGGACAUGUAAAGUCAGCUCUGGGACAGUUGUGUCCUGGAGCUGGUAGAAAAUGUACAUAUUUUCUACCACUUGUAUAUCAAAUUGGAGAAAAACAAAACUUGAACAAAUAGUUAACUGUUUUUUUUUACUUUUAAAUUUGAAAGAAAAAGCAAAACAAAAAAAGACAAACUUCAUAUAGAAAAUGUUGUUUUUACUUUAGUUUCUGAAAUUUCAAACAAAAUCUUCAGAUCAGCAGAAUUUCAUUCAGUUAAAGAAACAACGAAACACGUUAGGAGCUCAAAGUUUCCCUCAAACCACACUCAUUUUACUGUCUAUUGUCUGAAGAUAACUUUUUAAGUUAUCUAAAUAUAACUUAAAACAGCAGCAGUACAAACAGGUCUAUACAUGCAAAAUUAGCUUAAAACUAAGCUGGCAGAAUGGAUUGUAGGAGGACCACUACUUGGCCCUUCUAAGAAUGUACAAAGCCUCAUCCGUUUCCUCUCGGUUUUACUCUUUGUUCAGCUUACACAUUUUUCUUGCUGCUCAAAUUUGGCUAAAUUCUAAAAGGCCACAUUUAGAAAUUGUAGAUAAUUUGUAAGCAUUUCCAUUUUAUUCUGGAAAAGAAUUAAAAUUUUAUCAUAUAGUAAAAUUAAUCUAUCAAAUAUUACUUAAACCCUUUAAUUUUUUUCAAAAACAAACAAAUGAAUAAAAUCUUAAUCUGAAGACAAAGCAUACAAGCAAAAGUAUUAUUUUGAAUGAUUCUGUUUUUGCAAAAUGUCUAAUAGGAUCAGUAAGCUUUUCCUUUUUACAUAAUCUGCUGACAGAAGGAAAUUAAAAAUCUUCUUGUAAUUGCUCAACAAAUUGCAAACAAUCUUAUUACACUGGAACAACUGAUCAUUAAUUGAGAAAAUAUCCUCAGAGAUAUCUGCGUGAAUGGGUGUGUGUGUGUGUUCAUUAUGAAUAACAGGACAUAAUGUCGCUAACUGUGUAACGCAGUCCGGCUCUGUGUGUAUGUGUGUGUGUGUCGUACAGCUUGUGGUCAUGUACACAAGUGGAAGAAGAUGUUGGGCAUCACAUUUCACCUGGAGACAUUGUGCAAUGUGAUAUCAAAGUAUGUGUGUGUGAGUGUGUGUGAUGUCCCAGGUCCUGUUCCGCAGCAGCAAUUACACAUAGAGAGAGACAGAUGCGAUCUGCAACUAACAACCAGCCAAGCAUUCAGAGCCUCUGACAGGAUGUCAGACUUCAGGAACGUUCUGCGGUCUCGUAGGGUUCUGUCUCACCGGUGCAGAACCGAGAUCCAAACUGAGUGACGCUCUGGGUCUGGACCCGGCAGGUCUUGGUGACCGCUGUGCUAAAUAAUUGAUCACAUUGCGAGAGAGGAGCAAAAAAAAAAAUGAGGAGAACAGCAGUGAUGGUUUGGAUAAGUCUUUUGGUGCAAGUGUCCCAUGGUGCUCAGGGUCAUUAUGCCCGGAAGCUUCUGAAUGACCUGAUGGAGGACUAUUCCAACGCUCUGAGACCUGUGGAGGACACAGACAAGGCCCUCAAUGUCUCCCUUCAGAUCACGCUGUCACAGAUCAAAGACAUGGAUGAAAGGAACCAGGUGCUCACCACCUACCUGUGGAUACGGCAGGUCUGGCACGAUGCCUACCUGAAGUGGGACAAAGAGGACUACGACGACUUAGAGAUGAUUAACAUCCCCAGUGAUUUGGUUUGGAAACCUGACAUUGUUCUCUACAACAAAGCCGAUGAGGAGUCCUCAGAGUCGCCCAGCACUAAUGUGAAGCUUCGUUAUAACGGAGAGAUCGUGUGGGACUCUCCGGCCAUCACAAAGAGCUCAUGUGUGGUGGACGUCUCCUACUUCCCCUUUGACUGGCAGUCAUGCAAUCUCACCUUUGGUUCCUGGACCUACAAUGGCAACCAGGUGGACAUCAGUUUGGGCAUGGACAGCGGCGACCUGUCCGACUUUGUGGAGAAUGUGGAGUGGGAGUGUCACGGCAUGCCUGCAGUCAGGAAUGUGAUGAUGUAUGGCUGCUGCUCAGACCCGUACACAGAAAUCACCUACACUUUGCUCCUUAAGCGCCGCUCCUCCUUCUACAUCUUCAACCUGCUCCUGCCCUGCUUCCUCAUCUCGUUCCUGGCUCCGCUGGGAUUCUACUUGCCAGCCGACUCGGGAGAGAAGGUGUCUCUGGGGGUCACGGUGCUGCUGGCGCUCACCGUGUUUCAGCUGCUGGUGGCUGAGAGCAUGCCUCCUGCUGAAAGCAUGCCCUACAUAGGGAAGUACUACAUUGCCACCAUGACAAUGAUCACAGCUUCCACGUCCCUCACCAUCUUCAUCAUGAACAUCCAUUUCUGUGGUGCAGAAGCCAAACCGGUUCCGCAGUGGGCGAAAGUGCUAAUCAUCGACUACAUGUCGAAAAUCUUUUUCGUCUAUGAAGUGGGGGAGAACUGCACGACACCGGAGAGCAAGAGGACCCCGCUGUACCCGGAGGAACCUAUGGGUGAUAAGGGUUGUUACUAUGAUGACAGCUGCCAUAAUGGCUCCUACCAUCACGACGGCGAGUUGUACAGGUACAGCAACGGCAAAGCUGUGCAUCAUCACAGCAAGCAUUACAAAAGCCAUGCGAAUGGCAACGCCAACGGUAGAUAUCACUAUUACAACAACCACAACAACCGUGCUUCCACAUUGGAGCGAGGCGAAAUGAAACAAGAGCCCACUCAACACUACCACCACAUCAGACGGGACCAACUGGACUAUCAGGCUCCUCCGCACUUCCAAAACCUUCAGCACCUGAAUGGGGGGGUUAAGGAGCAAAAUCUCUACUCUUCAGAGAAAAUUCAACUCCCAUCUUGCCCCUGCUGCUGUCCCUGCCUCCAACAUAAACAGGUGGUAAAAAACAUCCAGUACAUUGCCAACUGCUUCCGAGAGCAGAGAGCCACCUGUGCAAAGGUAGCAGAAUGGAAGAAAGUUGCCAAGGUGAUGGAUAGAUUUUUUAUGUGGAUCUUCUUCGUCAUGGUGUUUCUCAUGAGCAUCCUCAUCAUUGCCAAGGCAUCCUGACAAAGUCCUCCAGCAUUACUGGUCCUCAGUGUUACUACUUUCAACAACGUCAGCAUCUUAUAAAACUGUAUUGCUCUCAAAAAGACAAUGAAUGUGGUUGUAAAGAUGAAUUUUUCCUUCUCAUCAUGUUGCUGCACACAGAUUUAACCACCUACUUCACCUAAAGCCUCCUCCAGUCCUCUUGGGUAGUUAAAGUCAGGUGUGCUCGCAUGUGUCACAACGUACUGGAGCGGUAAGACAAUCCUGGCUCUUCCCUCGAACAUGCAUGGACUCUGCAUUAUUGACGAGGUAACAGUCAGACAUCCAGCUGUAGGCAUUGUGUUUCUGACAUUAAGCAAUCAGAUGCUGUUUCCAAGUUUGAUCUGUGUACAGUCAUAUCUAAUAAAUUAGAAGACUAUUGAAAAGUCCAUUUAUUUCAGUUAAUUAUAUUCACUUAGUGAAAUAUUAUAUUGGCUAAAUAAAAGAUUGAUAUUU